CCCAGUUAUUUUGGUUAGUGAAAUUUUUUCGGGAGAAAAAUGCGCUGUUUUAUCCUUGUUCUGGCUGCUAAGUUUUAGUGCAUGAAUGCAUCAUUUUUCCUGUGUAUAUUUAAAAUUUUAUUCUCCUGUUCAUCGCGCAUAACCGCCAUAAUGAGCAAAUCUCUCGCGCUGCAACUGAUGGAAAGCUACGUGCAGCGUACAGGCGCUGUCGCCAGCGCAACCACCCCGGGGCUCCCGCGCUAUCUCUGGACGGACUCCUUCGCUGUCAUGAACUUCCUCGCUCUGCAGAAACCGGAUUCAGCCCAGGCUAUUAUCCAGCAUGUGCACCAAGUCCUUGCGCGUCAGCGUUCCGAGAAAUAUCCGGAAAAAUAUUUGGAUGGCGCCAGCGACGAUCAUCCUACGCUGGGAGGCCUUCGUAUCGGGAAGAAGCUGGACGAGCGCCAGCCAUCGGACCCAUACGACCGCGACUUGGAAUGGGACCGCGACGGUCAGUACUUCCACUACCUGACCAAAUGGAUGUGGGCGCUGGACCACGCCGCCCGCUGCCUCCACCAACCCACCCUCAACCUAUGGGCCCGGGAACUGGCCGCCACCGCCCACCGGAAAUUUACCUACGGCGCCCGGCAGAAACGGAUGUACUGGAAGAUGAGCGUUGAUCUCUCGCGACCGUUAGUCGAAUCCCAAGGCCACCACGAUCCCCUGGACGGGCUGAUCACCGCCAUGCAGCUGCAGGAGACGGCGCGGGAGGUGGGUGGGCAGGCGACCGGCCCGGAGUUGGAGGAGGUGGUGCGGGAUUAUCUGGAGAUGGUGCAGGAUGGGCAGUUCACUACAACGGAUGCGUUGGGGCUGGGUGGGUUGUUGGUGGAUGCGGGACGCGUGGAGGAGCUGAUACGCCGAGGACGACAGGAGAUUUCCGCCGGCACAUCGCAACUGCGCAUCGCCACCACCUCCGCCUUACUGGACCGCCUCUUAUCGUGCUCCCUAUCCGGUCUGAAAGCGUUCGCCCACUGCGAGUUCGACGAGAAGGAAUCGGCCAAUUACCGCUUGGCGUUCCGGGAACUGGGUCUGGCCAUCGGGAUGAACGUCGUGAAGGCGCUGUGGGAAGAACCGCAGUUUGCCGGCAGCGAUGCGGCCAAGAAGGCCCUGAACGAUAUCGCCGCUUUCGAUUACGUUCGCGAGAAGAUCGUCGGGUUCUGGACGCAGGACGUCAACCGGAAGGGGAAGACGUACACGGAGCACCGGGAUAUCAAUGACGUCAUGCUGGCCACGGCCAUGCUCGACGGGGUCGUCGCGGCAUCGCAGCCGAAACGGGAGGAACUGUGACGCUGUUCUCGUGGAUUUUUGUAUAUCAUUUCUAUACAGGCUUUUGUUUGCAGACCACUUUGCAAGCGCUGCAAGGUGGUCAGGUACUUUUGAUGUGACGAUCGUAUAGUUUCAAAAUAAAAAAGCCAGGAUUUUCUAGUAUUUUUAC